GUCCGGCCCGUGGACAGGUCAACGCAGCCAGCGAGCAACAGGCAACGCGUGCAAGCAGCCACCUAGGGCCGCCCUGGAGAAUAGAGCCGGACCCGCAGACGACGCAAAAUACCGGGCUCCGCGGCCCGCACGAGGUGUUGUGACCUGGCCUUGGGCCAGUAGCUCUCUGCGCCCUAGACGCAUCAGUCUUCGUUUAUGGCCUCAGCUGCAAGCAACCGUUGGGCUGGCAAGUCGAAGAGCCAGCCUUGAGGGAGGCCUUGAAAUCUGGAACUCUUUUUUUGGUUCUUUGUUUUUCUUCCCCCUCCUUUUCGACGUCUUGGAACGUCGUUUCUGUUUGUUCUGCUGCGUGUAGUCGCGGCCAAGCAGUAGUCAUCAGCCUGGCGCACGACCCGACUGGACCCCAAGCAAAAGGUACUCUCUUCUGGCUUCCGUUUUGGGCAACUUUUUCUCCGCGCUGGACAUUCAGACUCUCCAGCAAAGCACAACCAAGGCCAAACCCAUCAGAACCUCCAGUUCCAUCUUUGGUCACCGUCAUCCAGCCUUCCCUCCCCCUUUGCAUUCCCACGCAGAACCGCCGUCAUGGACAGUCUCACCGCAGCAGAGCAGCGUGAGCUCGGCUCCAGAAUGGAGCGGAAGCAGAUGAAGGAAUUCAUGACGAUGUAUCAGAACCUCGUCCAGAAGUGCUUUGACGACUGCAUCAAUGACUUCAGUUCGAAAUCGCUCGGCUCACGGGAGGAGAACUGCGUGAUGAGAUGCGUGGACAAGAGCCUGAAGGCCAGCGAGAGGCUCGGCAACAGGUUCCAGGAACAGAACGCGGCAAUGAUGCAGUCUGGCUCUCUGCCCGGCGUGUAGACGCAUCUGCGCGCGUGAUAACCGCCUCGAGUCGUCUCGUCCCCACGACAAAGCAAAGAGACAAAAAGUGGGUUUGAGGAAACGCAUACUUGUACAUUACAUGUCGGACCAUUCUUACGGGCGAGGACGGUGCCUGGGAGGAAAACACUACUCGGAUCAUUGCGUCCGAAAGAUCUCUGCAUAAUAUUUUUUUGGGGCCAACCUUGGGGAAACAUGUGCAUGCGUCUGGUUGCUCUUGCCCGUACCCGUGCCCAUCAGAAUAGUACGGCGUACAAAAUCUGCUCUCGCCUGCGCAACGGCCCUUAUUUUCUCUGUU